AUAGUACUUAAGCAAUUUGGCAUGACUACUACCCAUUGGGGUUGCCCAGAAUGUUUCAGUUUCAUGUGUUGUUGUUUUUUGCUGGGCAACUCCCUUGAUUCCUCGGAUCGCAGAUCCCAGAAGGAAAGAGAAUAGAAGAAAGCCAAGCCCAGUUUCGUGUCGAAGUCGAAGGAGUCGCAUUCAUCCAGGUCCAAGUUCGGACCGCAAACCAACAGCGGUUAGUCAGUGAUACAGCACACACAGACAGAUUGAUUGCUUCAAGUGCUGCAGGGCCGAAAAGCACAAACACACAAAGCUGACAACAAGAGCGCACCGACCUUCCCAUAUUAGUCGAAGACGCCUGACAGCUUCACACAUCAGUCCAACUGCCAUCUCUUGUCAAGUGCACACAACAGCAAGUUUGUCCUGGACAUAAAAAAACAAAGGAGUGCCAAGGAACGACAACGCUGAGCUCUUUGUAGUGUACUACAGCUUAGUUCUAUCCUAGAAAACAACAACGAGAAAAUGAACCAAGCCACCAUCCGCCGCAUCCAACAAAGGUUGAGAGACGAAGGAUACAAAACCCCAGACGAAGAAGAGACCGAGAGCAACCCUGCUGAACCAGAGCAGGACAAACAACAAGAGAGAGUUAUUCGUCCUCAGCAGGAGAACAUGUCUUACCGACAACAAGAAGAAGAGCUGCUAGCACAAUACAGAAGAGAGCUAGAACAAGAACAAGCACAACAAGUCAAUGAGGACGAAGAACAGCUGUGGCAAUGCGAAUGUGGCCACGAAUCUCCACUCUCGCACAACUUUUGUGGAGUCUGUGGCUUGACUCAACCCGUCGAUUGGUGGUGUGAGUGUUGCCAGAUCGAGCAGCCGUUCUAUCAUCGAUUCUGUUUCAGCUGUGGAACUCCCAACGUCGAUUACCAAGACGAUAUUGCUCCUCCUACCACCAUCGUGCGACCCCAACAACCCAUGUACACCUGUGAAGCUUCUGUGCUCACAGAAGACAACGAUGUGGAAAUUGAGCGAGCUGUAUCACGCAUGACACUGCAACAACAACAAGCACAACGACAUCACCCACAACCAUGGGAUGAAGACGAUGAUGGCGUCACGUUUGCGGAUGAUUGCGAUGACGUUGUUUCCCGACAAUCCUCUCAGCCACGACGACAGGCGCAACAACAACAGCCAAAGCCACAACCAUCCAAACCCAAGGGAUGGUCCUGUGUCGUCUGUACCUUUCACAAUGAAAACGAUUGUUUCCUUUCCUGUGAAAUGUGCGGAUCGUUUCGACCCGCUUCUCCCACUAGCGAUGCUCUACUACAGCAUCAACAACAGCAACAGCAACAACAUCUAGAACAAGAACCACAGCAAGAACCACAACCCGUCCCCACCGAGCCCCCAAAGCUUCGUCGACGCGACUCGGGAUCUUCCUCUGAAAAAACGGAGAAAACCGAAAAGAAAGAAAUGCGCUUUACCGACUUGUUGCAAAUGCAAAGGGGACGAUACGAUUCGUUGUCCGAAGCACCAGAGACCAAGCAGCAACCACAUCAACAGCCACAACAACCGCAAGAACAAGAAUCGGAAGCGGACUUGGAGCUAGCUAUGAUCUAUGCACAACAAGAACGCAUGCUAGCAGAGUAUCAAAAUCAGCAAAGACUCUAAAACUAUACUACUACUAGAGAAAGAGCAGCUAUCACUAUCAUCUACUGUACUAUUAUUGUAUCUGGAAAGGAGG